AUUUCUCCAUUUUAUUCUCUCUUUACCCUCUCCUUCCUUUUUUUUCUCUGCCAGGGCGCUCAAUUUCAAAUGAUUUUCUCCUCUUCCCUCCCUCUUACUCUCUCUCCUACUUCCCUUUUCCCCGCCUACUAAUUUCUCUGCCGUCUUCUUCCAUUUCUGUUGCACAUUUCCCCAUUUUCUUCCUCCCCUACCAAAUGUGGGAGGUUUCAAGAAACCCCAUCACUCAAUUUCAUGCUACUUCUCACUUAAAACCAUCCUGCAUUUCUUUUUCAGCUUUCUUGUCUCUUGGGGUUUCGUGGGUCGAAUCGAUCUUCAAGGUUUUGCCCUCUUCAUUUCUGUUUACUUGAUUGGCAGUUCUAGAAAAUUUCCGAGAACGAUCCGGAAGGAGAUGUGAUGCAUACUCGUAGUGUGGAAGGAAACUUAUCAAUGCUCUAUUGACAGAUGCAAUAUUCUUUUUGUGGUUAGGGGCUUUGUUUGCUUUGUGUAUUCAUGUUUCCUACGGCAUAGCAGGCACUUUCGUCUUUUGGAUCAGAAUAAAUAUGGCUCCAAAUCCUCGCGUUACAAAAGCUUUUCGUGCAAUGAAGGAGAUUGGGAUCAGUGAAGAUAAGACAAAACCGGUCUUAAAGAAACUCCUGAAAUUGUAUGAUAAGAACUGGGAACUUAUUGAAGAAGAGAACUAUAGAGUUCUUGCAGAUGCUAUAUUUGAUGAGGAAGAGAGUAAGGUUACAGAGGAGAAGAAAAGUCAGAAUUCUCAAGUGGAAGAUUUUGGGGAAGAUGUUCAGGUGCCUGAUGAGCCAGAACGCCCUCUGAAAAGGUUGCGCUUAAGAGGCCAAGAAACCCAGGUGGAUGGGAUGGCUUUAAAAAAGCCCAAAUUGGAAGAGGAUGCAUUUCCUGAAACUAGUUCCCAACAGCAAAUGCAGUUAAGUGGGCCUAAGAGAUCUGAAACUGGUCCAAGUUCUUCUCGUCGUGUAGACAAAGGGAAGGAACCUGCAUCACCCCGUGUGGUUACAAGAGUGAAAAAAUCUAGCUUAGAGAGACCAUCUGCUGCUGUGCGUAUUAAGGAACCAGGGGCUGAGGCAGGUGUAAAAAAUUCCAUAGUGAGGGCAUCUGGGACUCAUGCGUUGCUCAAACCUAAAGAUGAGCCAAUUACUGAUGAUGCAUUUACAAAUGAGUUGCCUAUUGCUGCGAUUCAUCCAGAUUCUUCAAGAAAAGAAAACCAUUCCAUUGCAAAUGAUUCAGUUAGGAAGGCAGAUGGCCAAGUUGCUCAAGGAUCAUAUCCUUCAGAUGGAAGUAACAAAGGUGUUGGUAUAGAAACCUCAUGUAAGAGGAUUACAGGCAGUGAGCUUGCAACUGUCAUGGAAGAAUUACAUCCUAACUUAGAGAUUGCAUCGUCACCCCUGGGAGAGGUAAAAAUUUCUUUGUGCUGCGACUCCACUUUUGGACGACCAGAUUUCCGUAUGCCUAGUCGUGAUGCAGUUAUAAAAUAUAUGGAGGAAAAAUGUCUGCAGUCAUAUAAAAUCAUUGACCCCACAUUUUCUGUUAUGAAACUGUUGAGUGAUAUGUGUGAGUGCUUCUUGGAAUUGGGAACUGAUUCUCCUGAUGAACGACAGGAAGGUUCAAUUAGUAGAGUUCCACUUCUAGAUGUAAUGGAGAAUUCAGAUCCAAUGGAUACUUCAGGGACUGUUGCCAAUGAAGAAAAUUUGAAUCUACCCACUUUUGUGAAUGAACCAGUCAGUACCAUCUCUGAUGGAAAACUUGCACCACACGUUCCUAGUAUUGUAGAGUUUUCAAGUGUUUCCAAUGACCAGAUUAUCCAUGAGACCUCUAAAAGCAGCAAAGAAAUACCAAAUGGUCAUUCUGAAGAUGAAGCCAGAAAGGAGUUUGAUAAUCUUGAGCCUGCAAAUCCACACAAUUUGAUGGUUGUUUCACAGAGUCAACAAGCUACUGAUGAAUUAAGCUUCUCUCAUGAUGUGGAUGAUAUAACCAAGGGAGAAGAAAGGGUUCAAGUUUCUUGGGUGAAUGAAAUUAAUAAAGAGCAUCCACCAUUCUUUCACUAUAUACCUCGCAGUCUAAUUUUCCAAAGCGCUUUUGUAAAUUUCUCUCUCUCUCUGAUUGGUAAUGAUAAUUGUUGCCAGUCUUGUUUUGGAAAUUGCCUUACAUCUUCUGCCCCUUGUGCUUGUGCACGAGUAACCGGGGGGGAUAAGUAUGCAUACACAGCAGAAGGUCUUGUUAAGGAAGAUUUUCUGGAAGAGUGGAUCUCUCUUGCUCGUGAAUCUCAAGGUAACCACCAGUUCUAUUGCAAAGAGUGUCCUCUUGAAAGAUCAAAGAAUGAUGAUUGUUUAGAACCCUGCAAAGGCCACUUAGAGAGGAAGCUUAUAAAAGAAUGUUGGAGUAAAUGUGGUUGCAAUAAGCAUUGUGGUAAUAGAGUGGUGCAGCGAGGAAUAACUUGCAAAUUGCAGGUGUUUUAUACUUCAGAAGGAAAAGGAUGGGGCCUUCGAACCCUUGAAGACCUACCUAAAGGCUCUUUUGUUUGUGAAUAUGCCGGAGAAAUAUUAACCAUUUCAGAAAUGUAUCAUAGAAAGUUGCAAAGCACCAAAAAUGGGGAGCAUACCAACCCAGUAUUAUUAGAUGGCUUUUGGAAUAAAGUGGGGCCUUUCAAGGAGGAAAAAGCUCUCUGCUUGGAUGCAACAAACUUUGGGAAUGUUGCCAGAUUUAUCAAUCACAGAUGCUUUGAUGCAAACUUGGUUGACGUUGCAGUUGAGAUAGAGACUCCGGAUCAUCAUAAUUAUCAUCUUGCCUUAUUCACUACAAGAAAAAUAGAUGCCAUGGAAGAGCUAACUUGGGAUUACGGCAUUGAUUUUGAUGACCUCGAUCAUCAUGUUAAGCCAUUUCUCUGUCAAUGUGGCAGCAAAUUCUGCAGAAAUAUGAAACGAUCUACUAGAUCUAAAUCAGCAUCAAGUACAAGAUGAAGUGUGGGAUGAUGGGGCUAGUUUCUGUUUUGAAUAUCAUGCAAAGAUGAAGUUAUCAGGAAGUAUUGAAACCACAAUGAAUUUGGUUCAGCUGACUACUGUCUAAUUUAGUUUUGAAGACUAUGGUUCGGUUCGGGUAGUAAAGCUGAGGAUCGAUCGCGGAUUCACAUUAUGUUUUUUUGCUGUUAGUUUGUGUAUUACUACAAUAAUGUUCAUAGAUCUUUCAUAUCUGGCCAUGAUAUUUAGUGGUGUUGAAAGUUUUGAAGAUUGUAGUUGAUAUGAUCUGGAUCUGGUUGCUGCUGUUCUUGUUGGUAAAGGUGAAUGAACAUUUUGUUUUUGGGCUAUUUUAAAAAAUUUAGAUAGACCGUGAUAGAUAGACUAUUAUAUGUGUCUAUCAACAAUUGCGAUAGACUGAUAUUUUAUCAUCUUUUGUAAA